AUGGCGACGCUUGUGGAAUCUGCAGACAUUGAGACUUUAAGCAGCUCGAGCAACGUUAUGGCAUCCCCAAUGUCCACGAGUCUCUCGCACCGUUUUGACGACAACAAAUUUUACCUGCUUGUGGUUAUUGGAGAAAUUGUCACGGAGGAUCACUUGAAGUGUGCCAUUGCGGAUAUAGAAAAAGGGAUUCGCUCAUGGGACACCAACCUCAUCGACUGUAACCUGGAUCAGGAACUAAAGCUCUUUGUCUCCAGACAUUCAGCCCGUUUCUCUGCAGAUGUACGAGGGCAGAGAAUUCUUCACCACAAAAGCAGCGUUCUCGAGACAGUAGUGCUUAUCAACCCCUCAGAUGAAGCUGUCAGCACUGAGGUUUGUCAGAUGAUCUCAGACACAGCCAGAAACAAGCUGCUGGUGCUUUCAGGACAAAGCUUUGAAAACACAGGAGCACUGAUUUUGCAGUCUGGCUCCUUCUCUUUCUUCAACUUCAUAGAUAUAUUCACAGACCAAGAGAUUGGUGAAUUACUUAGCACUAUUCGCCCAGCAAACAAGGCAAGCCUAACCCUCUAUUGCCCUGAGCAAGGUGACUGGAAAAACUCAAACUUGGACAAACACAACCUACAAGACUUCAUCAACAUGAAGCUCAACUCACCACUGAUACUCCCAGAGAUGGAAGGUCUCUCAGAGUUCACAGAAUACCUGUCGGAGUCAGUAGAAAUCCCAUCGCCAUUUGACAUGCUGGAGCCUCCGACCUCUGGCGGUUUCCUGAAGCUCUCAAAACCAUGCUGCUACAUUUUCCCUGGCGGCCACGGCGACUCUGCCCUCUUUGCGGUGAAUGGGUUCAACAUGCUCAUCAACGGGGGCUCCGACCGCAAGUCCUGUUUCUGGAAGCUGGUGAGACACCUAGACCGGGUAGACUCCAUCCUCCUGACCCACAUCGGGGACGACAACCUGCCAGGCAUCAACAGUAUGCUCCAGAGGAAGAUGGCUGAGCUGGAGGAAGAGCAGUCACAGGGUUCCCAAGCUACUGGCGACUGGUUGAAGAACCUCAUAUCCCCAGACAUUGGGGUUGUGUUCUUGAACACCCCUGAUAAUCUGGGGAACCCUGCUGAACCCAACUUCAGGGUGAGGAGGAACAUUGAAGAGGCAGCACACACACUCCAUUACCUGAGCAAGUUGAAUCUGAGGCCCGAGCCUUUGCAGAGGCCGGUCGGUAACACUAUCGAACCCAUCAUUCUGUUCCAGAAAAUGGGCGUGGGGAAGCUUGAGAUGUAUGUGCUGAACCCGUCGAAGAACAGCAAGGAGCUGCAACAUUUUAUGAAGCAGUGGACAGGCAGCGAGAAAGACAACUCCACUGUUAUUCUGCCCAAUGGAAAAGAAUCGGAGCUCCCAAUUUCUUAUAUGACCUCAAUCUCUUCCUUGAUUGUGUGGCACCCAUCAAACCCUUCAGAGAAGAUAGUACGUGUCCUGUUUCCAGGCAAUGCCUCUCAGUAUCACAUCCUUGAAGGUUUGGAAAAACUAAAACACUUGGACUUCUUGAAGCAGCCAGUUGUCACCCAGAAGGAGCUAUCUUCUAACUUGGCACCAGCUCUAAAGCAAGCAAAGCUGAAACAUAAAUCUGACAGCAAGGAGAGUCUGAAGUCAGUCUCUAGGCCAUCACCAAGCAAAAGUUUCAAAAAGGAGUCAAAGGAGGAGGCUCCAGAGAAGGCAAAGACAGAUGCAGAAUCGGCUCAAGAAAAGACUAACAAAUUUGAGAAAAAAGACAAACCUUUGGUGAAAAAGGAAAAAGCGAAGGCACCGGAAAAAGAAGUGAAGGUGAAAGCAGAGCCAACUACCGAAACUCCAGAAAAGAAGAAGGCUGAAAUGAAACCAAAAGCUCUUAAGGAGAAGAUUAUCAAAAAAGAAUCCAGGAAGUCUGUAGAAAAGAAAAAUGAUGAAAAGGAGGUAAAGAAAGAAGUAGCAAAGAAAGAUGAUAAGCUAACAUCUAAAAAGGAAGAAACACCCAAAACUGAACAGAAGCAAGAAACACCCAAAAAAGAACAGAAGGUAAAGAAAGACAUUUUAAAGAAAGAUAGAGAUUUCAGGAGGGAUUCCCCCAUGAAGGUGAGGAAGGAAGAGAAUAAGGAGCAAAAGAAAGACGAUCUAAAGAAAGACAUGAAGAAGCCAUCCAAGGAUUUAAAAAAUACUCCAUCUGCUUUAGGCGAAGGGAAAAAACUUGCAGCAAAACCAAAAUCUCUGAAAAAAGAUGACACUACAAAGAAAGACUUUGGAAGCCCUUUCAAGUCCAAGGCAAAACCAAAAGUCACCAAGAAGGACCUCAAGGCCACAGAUGCUAAAUCUGCUGUUGCAGGAGCUGCAGCUGUCACAGCAGGAGUGGUAGCCACCGCCACUUGUGCUGCGGAGGUCCUUGAGACAGAAAGAGCCAUGAUGUCUUCUCCAGAGGACCUCACUAAGGACUUUGAAGAGCUCAAAGAAGAGGAGAUCUUUCACGAAGAAGAGCCGGUGGUGAUCCACAGAGAGGACCUCAUGCACUCUAAGGAGUCCCCUGAAGCAGCAGAGUCUCUGGAUGAGGGGAUCCCAACCACUGAGCAUGAAGGAGAAAGCGGGGAGACUCCAGAGGAACAAGAGCAUAAAGGGAAGUUGAGCGGCAGCGGCAGUGAGAAGUUUGAAGAUGAGGGAACUGGGCUAGAUUAUGAAGAGAAGGGAGAGACAGAAGAGGUCCAUGAGCCAAUGAGAAGGGAAAUGGACAACCAUAAACAUGCUGAUGACAGUGAAGAUGAGGACUCUGAGGACGAGGAUGCAGAGCCAGACCAAUGUGGAAAAGAUCAUAAUAGAAAUGAAAGAGAAGUACAGAAGUGGGGCCUGUCGGUGACACCGCCUCCCAAAACGUCUGAGCCUCUCUCUCCGUCUGCAUCUAUUCAUGAUGAGACCCUUCCAGCUGGCUCUGAUGAUGAAGCAGCCUCAGAUGAUGAGAACCGUGACGAGGCAUACACUGCUACAUCUGGCCACACCCAGUCAACUAUUGAGAUCUCCAGUGUGCCAACUCCAAUGGACGAAAUGUCCACUCCAAGGGACAUUAUGAGUGACGAAACUACUAACGAUGAGACAGAGGAUUCUCCCUCUCAGGACUUUGCCAGGUUUGGAGGAACAAUGUUAGGAGACCUUGAGAGGAAGAGGCUGUCUCCACUACACGACGGCCCAGAGUCAGACCAUUCAAAGAGCGAUGCCACCGAAGGCAGGGACUACAACGCUUCUGCAUCCACAAUAUCUCCACCAUCUUCACUGGAAGAGGACAAAGAGGAAGGGUUCAAGUCCGACAAAUUUGGUCUUGAUUCAGCAAGCUCUGUUCUCACCACUACUUCACCUCUCAUCCGCUCCCCUUCAGCUCCCAAAGGAACCUUUGACUCAUACUCAUCUGGAUUCGCGGCACCAAUUGAACUGUGCACAACACUUUCAGGAUCAUCAAAGGCAGCAGCUGGGUCUUCUACUAGCCCAGAUGACAAGACAUUGGAAGGUACCACCUCACCUCAUUCCUCUGGUCACACCCCUUACUUUCAGUCUCCCGUGGAUGAGAAGGCUGGCUCUAUAGCACCUGCAAAUGGCCAUGGUCCUGUAAUUGUAGAGGUUACAAGUGAUAAAGAAGAUUCCAACAGGGUCAGCCCCAUGGACGACCCAAUUCCUGACCACACCUCGACUGUAGAGAAGGUGCUGUCCCCAAUCAAGAGCCCGCCUCCUGUAGUAGAAGGAAAGUUACACUUUGAUUUAGAUCAUAUGUCAACAAUGCACUCGAGUCAAGAUGAUAAGAAAAAUGGGGCUAGCGACAGUACCUCAAUCUCAUCCACAAACCCAUUCGCAGGUUUCAAAGAGGAGAGUAAAAUGUCGAUCUCGGAGGCAACCACGUCUGAUAAAUCGGGUAGCCCUGUAGAUGAGGCUGUAGCAGAGGACACUUUUUCACACAUCGCCUCGGCUUCCACCGCCUCACUGGCCACCAGCUCAUUCCCAGAGCCUACGACAGAUGACAUUUCCCCUGCUCUCCACGGUGAAGCCGGCUCCCCGGAAUCAACAGAGGUGGAGGACUCCCUAUCUGUCUCUGUGGUUCAGACUCCAACCCCUUUUCAGGAGGCAGAGGUCUCUCCUAAGGGGGAGAGCCCCAGGCCCAUGUCAAUCUCUCCAGACAUCUCACCAAAGACAGCCAAAUUAAGGACACCAGUGCAGGAGCCUAAAUCCCCAGAGCAUUCCACCAUGUCAUUUGGCCAGGAGUCCCCUGAUCACUCAUUAGCCCUAGAUUUCAGCAAACAGUCUCCAGAGCACCCUUCUGCAGGCAGCCUGCGCGCCACGGAGAACGGGCCAACAGAGGUGGACUACAGCCCCUCAGAGGGGAAUGAUCUGAGAUCCUCCGAACAGUACAGACCCACUGUAGACAAGCCUAUGCUUUUCAAAGACAAUGACUCAGGUCGCGCCACUUCUGCGUCCCCAUCAGACGCAUCUCAGUCCACCCCCUCGACAACUACGCCUUGUCAGAUGAGGGAAAUGUCACCGGGCUUAGCCCAGCAGAUGGACAAAUCCCCUGCCACCCCGAAAGGGUCUUCCCCCUCUUCCCCCUCCUAUUCUUGCUUCACUCAGAAAACAGAUAUGCCCUUAGCAGCAGAGACUAAUCCCUUCAAAUGUGGUGGAGAUUCCAAAUCCCCUGUCAGCCCCAAGGUUCCCUCCCCAUCCUACCUACCACUCUCUUUCAACCUCUCCGACUAUCAGAAGUGUGCAGGUGGUUCCAAGGACCCAGACUCCUCCCAGAAGAGCCCCUCUCCUGGGUCUAGGACAGAUGUUGACCUUUGCCUUGUGACCUCUUGUGAGUACCGCCACCAUAAGACAGAGCUGUCCCCAUCCUUCAUCAACCCCAGUCCUUUGGAGUACUUCAUGAAUGAGGAGAAGCCUCUGGAGGAAGAAAAGCCUCUAGCUAAGUCAGGUGGAGGACCUCCACCCCCUGGUAGUAAACUCCACGCUAAGCAAUGUGAAGAGACCCCACCAACCUCCAUCAGUGAAUCCGCCCCAUCCCAGACGGAUUCGGAUGUUCCCCCUGGGACAGAGGAGUGUCCCUCUAUUACUGCGGACGCAAACAUAGACUCUGAGGAUGAUUCUGAGACAUUACCAACAGACAGGACCCUGACUUACAGACAUGCUGAUCCUCCUCCCGUGGCUCCCAGGGACUCUGCUCCGUCUCCAGCCCACCCAGACGUCACCAUGGUGGAUCCGGAGGCCGACAAGCCGCCCGCUGACGACAACAACCAGACUAAGGACAAGGACUCAAAGGCAGAGGGAGCUGAGAAAGCUAAGAAGAAGAAGCUUACCAAGACCAAGUCCUCCUCACCAGUCAGAAAGACUGGCCUUUCAAAAGUAAAGGAUUCAAAAGUAAUGGCCUCUCCUAAGAAAAGUGUAGGAGAAGGGAAAGAUGCCAAAAAUGCAACCAAUAGCUCUGCAUCCAGGGGUGUGAAAAGUGCCACAUCAGGUUCAGGUGGUGGAAAGGCAGCAACUGCAAUACCCAUACCCAACUGCCCUCCCAUGUACAUGGAUUUGGUUUACAUCCCAAACCACUGCAGCGCCAAGAAUGUGGAUGCAGAGUUCUUCAAACGGGUCAGGUCAUCCUACUAUGUAGCAAGUGGCAAUGACCAGACGGCCCAGGAGCCCAGCAAAGCUGUCCUGGACUCACUGCUGGAGGGCAAAGCCACGUGGGGAAACAACAUGCAGGUGACCCUGAUCCCGACUCAUGACUCAGAGGUGAUGAGGGAGUGGUACCAGGAGACCCAUGAGAAGCAGCAGGACCUGAACAUCAUGGUGCUGGCCUCCAGCUCCACCGUGGUCAUGCAGGACGAGUCCUUCCCCGCCUGCAAGAUAGAGCUGUGA